AUGUUCAAAAAAAAUUUUUUUCUAUUAAUUAUUUUAUUAAAUUUUAAAAUAAAUUAUUCCGUAAUUAUCCAAACAAGUUAUGGAACUUUGGAAGGAUUUGUUUAUAAACUUGAAAAUGGAAAGUCUGUGAAUGUUUUUCUAGGCAUUCCUUUUGCUGAGAAGCCUAUUGGAAUUUUAAGAUUUGAAAAGCCAAAACCCCCUUCAAGAUGGGAAGGAAUCAAACCAACAAAAGAAUAUUCUCCAGCAUGUGUUCCACACGCCCUUCCAAUUGGUGAUGAAAUUUUAAAUUUAAAUGUUCCUUUUGACGAAGAUUGCUUGUAUUUAAAUAUUAUAUCUCCAAAUAGAGAGGAAGAUAAUAAAGAACAACUUUAUCCAGUUUUAUUAAUAAUCCAUGGAGGGGCUUUCGAAGUAGGAACAGCAAGAAAUUAUGAUUAUAAAUUGUUGGGAGAAUAUUUUGCUAGUCAAAAUAUUGUUGUUGUGACUGUUCAAUAUCGGUUGGGAGUUUUAGGUAAUUUAGGUCUAUGGGAUUUAUUAUCCUCAUUAAAAUGGAUAAAUAAAGAAAUACCCAAAUUUGGAGGGGAUAUAAACAAAAUAACUUUGUUUGGUUAUUCUGCUGGUGCUGUAGCUGUUUCGGCUUUAACAAUUUCCCCUCAUUCCAGAAAUUUAUUUAAACAAGCAAUUCAAUUUAGUGGCUCGCCUUUUGGCCAAACUAAGAGUGGAACUUUUGUUUUUAAUGAAACAAAAGUGUUGGGGAAAGAAUUAAAUUGUUUAGAGGAGGUCGAGGAGGAAUGGAAUAAAUCAAAAUCUUUAAAGUUAAAAGAAUGUUUACGGGCUAAAAGUGUUGAGGAAAUACAUGAGGCUAUGAAGAUAAUUGUUUGUUUUUAAUUUUAUUUUUUGGUCAAGUAUCUUAGAGCUUUCUUGUGGUUUUGAUGUUGUAAUUGUAGUAAAGGAUAUUGCAGGCAUAAGUGAAUUCCAAAGAGUGUAGGACGUAGUGAGG